GCGAGGAAGGGGGGAGACCUUCUUCGUGGACCACCAUGGACAUGAUGGGCGACAAAGAGCGGCGACGCCUCAGUUGCAAAGGCUUGCUGAAGAAGAACUGGCUGCUGAUCGCCACAGUGGUAUCAGUGCUGCUCGGGAUCAGUCUGGGUGUUGCCGUAAGAGAGUACGCCUCUCUGUCCCAUCUGCACAAGCAAUAUUUCGGCUUCCCGGGAGAGAUUCUGAUGCGAAUGCUAAAGCUGGUCAUCCUCCCGUUGAUCAUUUCCAGCAUGAUAACAGGUGUUGCUGCCCUGGACUCGGAGGUGUCGGGCAAGAUCGGGCUGCGAGCUGUCAUUUAUUAUUUCUCCACCACGAUUAUCGCUGUCAUCCUUGGCAUCAUCCUAGUGAUGACCAUCAAGCCCGGAGUCUCUCAAACAGCGCAGCACAUUGACAGAGCCGGAACCACGCCCAACGUCACCACCGUUGACACGCUGCUGGACCUCAUCAGAAAUAUGUUUCCGGAAAACUUGGUGCAAGCUUGUUUCCAGCAGUACAAAACCAAGCGCAAGGAGUUGGAGCCGCCUCAGAGGGUACCGGUCGCAGGUACGGACAUUCCUCCUGUCACAAGUACGGACGUUCCUCCUGUCGCGACCACUGUCUUUGAUGCCGUGGAGAACAUCACCAUAGACUACAAAAUCAGCGGGACGUAUUCGGACGGAAUCAACGUUUUGGGCCUCAUCGUGUUCUGCGUCGCGUUUGGACUCGUCAUCGGGAAGAUGGGUGAAAAGGGACGCAUCCUUCUGGAGUUUUUUGAUGCCCUUAACGAUGCCACCAUGAAACUGGUGCAUAUAAUUAUGUGCUAUAUGCCAAUCGGGAUCCUGUUCCUAAUCGCCGCCAAGAUCAUCGAGGUGGAAGACUGGGAGAUCUUCCGCAAGAUGGGUCUUUAUAUGGUAACGGUGCUGAGCGGACUCGCCAUCCACGCCAUCGUCUGCCUGCCCCUCAUCUUCUUUGUCAUCGUGAGGAAGAAUCCGUACACAUUCACGCUGGGGAUGGCGCAGGCCCUUGUGACGGCCCUCAUGAUCUCGUCCAGCUCUGCCACCCUCCCCGUCACCUUCCGCUGCGCUGAGGAAAACAACCACGUGGACAAGCGCAUCACCCGCUUCGUCCUCCCCGUGGGGGCCACCAUUAACAUGGACGGCACGGCGCUCUACGAGGCCGUCGCCGCCAUAUUUAUCGCCCAGCUCAAUGACUACGCCCUGGAUGUGGGGCAGAUUGUCACCAUCAGCAUUACCGCAACUGUGGCAAGUAUCGGAGCUGCAGGCGUCCCGAAUGCGGGCUUGGUCACCAUGGUAAUAGUUUUGACAGCCGUCGGACUACCCGCCAGUGAUGUCACGCUCAUCGUCGCUGUGGAUUGGUUGCUAGACCGUUUCCGCACCAUGAUCAACGUGCUGGGCGACGCGUACGGCGCCGGCAUCGUCCAGAAGCUCUCCAAGCGCGAACUGGAGAGGAUGGACCUGAUCUCGGACGUGGAUGUGGCAAACCCCUUCGCCUUGGAGGCUACGCCCGACGGCGACGAGUGCGACAAGAAAUCCUACGUCAACGGGGGAUUCUCCGUCGACAAGACGGACGCCAUCUCCUUUACCGAGACGUCACAGUUCUAGAAUCCCCACCCCACCCCCUCUCCUCUCCCCUGACCCCGCCUGAAGAAAGUGCCAUAUACUCCGAGGGGUAAUACCUUCUAUCAGCACCUAUCAUCAGCAAUAGCAGCUUCCAUUCAUCAUCACUGACAUUUACUACUGAUUUCAAGUGCUUCCUUUUUACACUGAAAUGAUACAUUUAUACUCCAGGAAAAGUCCUUUAGUGGGUGGAUGGAUGGAUGGAUGGAUGGAUGGAUGGAUGGAUGGAUGCGAGGUGUGUUUAUUGAGCAGCGACAUUCCACAGCGCAGUUUUAUUUGCUUCUGAGUAGAAAUGCACGGCUCCUAUUAACUAUUUGUACAGAAUGUUACAACUGUGCCAAGCCUGUGAAGAGGUGAGUUGACUUGAAGGUUCGAGUCGUGAAACACUGUGAACUUUGGCCGCAUAAUAAGCGUACCGCCCUGUUCUCGAGAGAAUUUAAGCCCAACGCGGGGAGGGGGGGAGGGAGUCUAAUUGCGAUAUUACGAGGGGAAAUGAUUAUGAGAUUAAGGUGGUGAGAAAAUUUUUGGUCAAAGGGGUCAUAUGAGGGGGGAAAAGUCAUAAAUUCAAAUUGUAGAGGCAAAAGUUGUAAUUUUGUAAUGUUACAAGAAUGAGAUGUAAUAUCGGAACAAGUCCAACUGUUGCGGAAAAGUCGUAAAGUUUGAAAAAAGCGGUAAUAUGAGAGAAAUGUUGUGAGGUCACGGGGAAAAUAAUAUUAGAGAAAAACAUUAAUGUUGCAAAAAAAAAUUGUUAAUGAGAGAAAGAUUGCAGUUUUUUUUAUGAGUCAAAUGCGAUGAGGAAAAAGAUUAAGAGUGGAGUAUUACAAAAAAACAGAGUUAGUAUUCUGUAAGGAGGAAAAGUCGGGCGGAAUAUUGCCAAGUUGUGAUUUUACAAGGUGGGGGCGGAAUUGCAACUUCAGAAAUGGCAGUCGAGAAAUUAGUCGGAAAAAAUGGCAGCGUCGUGUGAAAAAGAAAGAAAGUGGCAUGUUAUAAGAAAAACCAAAAAAAACCAAAUAGGAAUUUUUAACACUUGCUUUGAAGAAAAUACCAUAUUUAUUGUAAAGAAAUAUAUUAAUAUUGUACUACACGACACUAUUUAAUAAUAAAAUCAAAAUGUUCAUAGGCAAUGCAAUGAGAAUGUGGGAAUGUUAUUAGGAAACAAAGAUUUAUAUUUACGAAAAUUCAAUAUUUUGCUAAUAUCGUCCUAUACUUGAAUGCUAUCAUAUUCAAAUUAUGUGCAGAAUACAACAUUAUAUUAAAAGUAGUAAAUUCUCCCGAGAACAGGCUUCUUGAGUAGUGUCUUGUAUUUAGGCUGUUACAAACUCGAUAAGAACUUUUUUUUUGUGCGUGUGUGUGUGUGUUGUUGUAAAGCAGCCAAAUUACGCACACCGAGGAGACCAACGUACUGUACUCUAUGCUCUUGUGACCUCCAGUCAGCUUUCCAAGUGUCACUCCGAGACACGACUUAAUAUCCUCUAACGCAUUUUUGCCAUCGAAAGCAGGACAAGGUUCUUCGGAGCAAACGUGGCUCGAGUGCUUGAUGAUUUUGUCGAUUCAUGUAUUUGCUGUCCAGUAUAUGAAUAAAAACAAGUCGCUUCCAAAG